UAGGGGAGGAGGCUCUACCUUCUAACGCCAAAAAAAAAAAACCUUACGCAACCUUUGGAACUAACGCUACUCCCUUAAGGCAGAGAGAAUUGGGAAAGAGAGGGUCGCGGUCGCACCAACUAGCAACCAGUCAGCCAGCAACCGCAACCACAGAAAUCUCCAAGUGCCUGUCUUUUCAAUCGCGACCGACAGGCCGUGCAGCGCGACGGAGCCGCCAAUUUCUUAGCAAACCCAUCACCAUCCAAAAAAACCACCCGCAGUACACUAUACCACCACCGCAAUCGCCGAGGAAAGGACAGCAGUAGUAACAAAAAAAAUUAAAUACAACACACGUCGACUGGAAUAUUAAAAAAGCACAAUGGCCUCUCCGGCCAUAGCACUUCCAAACGGCGUACCUCCGCCCGUGCAGCUCAAUAAUAAUAAUAACAACGCCAAUGCCGCUGCAAAUACCAAUACUCAUACCAAUGCCAGCAUCGCCAGUACGAAUAAUAACAACACGAAUACCGGCAUCAAUCCCUCCUCCAAUAGUCCUAACAAUCAUAUCAACAAUACCAUCACGACUCACGACUCCGACUCCGACAUAAAUACCGCGCAGUCCGUCUCUGGCACUUCCAUCAAGCGCAAACGCGAGUCCACAGAUUCUAGCGACAAGCAACUGAAUGGUAUCAGCAUUAAUCGCAUCACUCCUCCUACGACCAACAAUACCCCUUUCCCAUCCACUAAGGUCGACCAACCCACGAUACGUAACUAUUAUGAAGUUCUCCAGAGAUUUGACUCGACCCCUUCGGUCCUCAAACGUCCUAUGCUCGAAUCCGACGGUGACCUAAACGAACCUCAAGCGAAACGAAAGAAGCCUGAUGAUGGCCCAUCGCUAUUUUCUAUUGCCGACAAGGUUGCCCAGGAGCGGUAUGAAGACCUUGAAAGCAUCAUUGGCGACAUCAAAACCUCCAUUACCGACCACCUAGCGGAGCUGCGAGAUACACAACCCGGACAAGAUACCAGGGCGAACGAUGAAGCUAUUGCUAAGAUCAUCGAUUUCAAGAAGAAGGCCUACAACCUAUUCAGGCGAGAGAUGGCGUAUCCUAACAACAAAUCCGUUCCUGAGGCACUGCGUCAACUCGAUUCCAUUAGCGACUUACAGUCUAAUGCUAGUGGGAAUAUGGUACUUACUGUUAUGAGCGAGGCUAUGAGAGGGAAGGCCAUGUAUUCGAGUCUACAACGGACUAUCCCAGGUCCUGGUAGCACAGAAAUGGCUAUCCGACCCCUGAGAGAGAGCGGCUUACCUCCUGGUGUGAAGACGGCCAGGGCGAUACCGUAUUCUUUCCCCUCUGCUGUAGAGAAGGACAAAAAGGCCAAGACACUUGGAGAACUCUUCCCAGCUCCGCGCGGCCUCCCGUCGCUCCAGCCGCCCAAAGCGCCGAAGAGCGUUACUAAAGGCACCCAGGUUACCUGGCACCGUCCCGAAUUGACCGAGAAGUCGAAGUACCGCGCUGGGUCGUAUUUCAGCCAGAAUAUAUCUACUGGUCGAUGGUUGGAUUAUAGCAACGCGGCUCCUCCGUCGCAGAUAAUGACCAAGCAACGCGAACGAGCUCUAAGCCUUGCUGGAAACAAACCCUCGUCAUCUGACCUGGAGAUGUCGGAAAUGGAGGCGCUUUUCCGUGGCGCAUUCUCGAGUUUCGCCCCCUCUAAAGACGACUCGGCCGCUAUGAUUUCGUCGGGCUUGAUUAGCCACACCAUGUGGUGGCAGAACGUGGGAAGUCGUAGCCUUGAUCGUCUGAUGGAAACUGAGGCACCAAAAGAGGAUGCUCCUGCAGAUACUGACAUGGCUGACGCGGCCGUAGUCGAAGAGGUUGACGAGGACUUAAUCAAAGAUGCCUUAGACAAUUGGGAUGAGAGUAUGGUAGAUCCUAGUCUUGAGCAGGUCUGCUGUCCAAAGAAAUCCGACGAGCAGAAGGAUACCGAUGAUAUUCUUCAAGAUGUAUCCGAUAUGAUCCAAACGUUAAUAUCGUACCAGAAGAACCGCAAUUUGACGCUUCCGACCGCGUCUAGUCAGAAUCGAUUCGCGGCGGACCCGGCUCAUAGCGAUAUGCUUACGAAUGGAACACCGGUGCAACCAAGUGAAGAGGAGACGGCCACUUACCAGGCUCUUAAAGCACAGUUGGCUCUAGUUGUCAAGAUGUUGCCACCUUACGUGGUCGCACGUCUAAAUUCGGACAAGUUGGACGAGCUUAACAUAUCAACAAAGAUCGAGGUCCGAACUGAUGAGUAUCAAGGUUUAAUGGAGGAGGAUGAAGCUGCUGUCCGCGCUAAAGCCGUGCAAGCCGCCACAACGACUCCUCGCCCAGUUACGCAUCGAGCAUCAAAUUCCUCGAACAAUUUGCAGUACGGCCAACAACAAUUCCAAGCCACUAACCGCGCUCCGAUGCCCCAAGCACCGUACUAUGGCGCUCAAACGCCAAUAAGACCCCCUCAACCCGCGAUACAAAGGCCCCCGCAUACAAUGCCUGCAGCGUAUCCUCAACGUCCCCCGUCUAACAAUAGCUACCAACCCCAUAACAAUUUUCAGAAUACGGGUUACCCUCAGCAAUUCCCUCCCCACCAACAACCAUACUCACAGCCUUAUGGAGGCACGCCGACACCCGCUCGAACACCAUUCCAACCGAUGCCAGGCUAUCCUAAUAUGAAUAAUCAGACGCCUCAGCCGCGCUUCCAGGCGUACCCACCGAAGACGCAACCGCCCAAUUACCACCACCCUCAACCUUACCAACCUCAAAUACAGCCGCAGCAUCAGCAUGGAGGUACGCCGUCGCAUCCCCCGUACGCACAAUAUCCAAAUGGUGCCGGAGCUAUGCCCCAGAGGACAGCUUCCCCGCAUGUUGCUCAUCAGCCACGUCAACACCAGCCCAUGCCUCAACAUCAAGGGUACAAUCCGACGGGGCCACCUCCGAGACAGCCGUCUUACGGCAAUCAACCGAAUAUGGGUCAUGAUCCGUCGAGACGUUUCUAUCCGCCUGCUGGUUCACCUGGAAUACCCAAUAGCCAACCACACCAGCAUGCUCAACAGGGUCAAAAUCCUCAAACACCGGGUACCUCUUCGUUUCAUACGUCUCUAAACCCGCAUCAAGUCCAACAAGCAAUGGACCAAGCCAAGGCUCGCUUUGAUGCAACUAAGAGCGCCCAGAGAACCAAUGAGGGCAUCCGAAACUCGAUGUCCGGCCAAGGGCAAGGGUCAGUCGGCGCACCAGUCGGUUUAAGUGGUAUUGGUUUGGGAGGAGACCCUGCAAGAUUAGCAGCGGCGCGAACGGCAGGCAUGCCUAACUAUUCAACAUCAAGUCAAAGCCCAAAGCCCCAGCUCAACUCGCCUAGAGUGACGACAGCCCCGCCUGUAACCAAUGGAAGUCCUGCGGUCGCGCCUCCAGCUCCGACGGCAAAUGGUGGUCAACCCAGUUCCGGUAGGGAAGCUUAGAACCCUUCUCUACCGCUCACUAGACAUCGCGACACUCCCUAUGUCCAGAUUGAUCGGCCCGUUAGGAUCGCGACUGGCGUGUAUAGGUUCCCAAGCCAGCUAGGAGCUGGAUAUACGGGGCAAUCGGAACAGCAGGGACAGCCAGGACAAGCUGAGCAAGUAGGAGAGGUGAACCAAUCUCGGCAAACAAUGCCGACGGUCGGCCUAGGAAAUAGGC